AUGUACGGACCAGCCACAAAGCAUGGCAACGGCUAUACAUAUGAAAGCUCUUUUGUUCAAGCGGGUGGUCCCUCACACCCCAACCCGGCAAAGAGCGCUCUAUUCACCCUCACCACAAACGGUGUUCUCAGAAUGAUAUGGUCGCAAAAUAACAACAGGAUCGAGGAAACUACUAUAGAGCUUGAGAGUGUCAGCUCAUCUGAUGAUGCCAUCACACAUGCUGCGUUUGCCUCAGAGAAGAAGCACCUACUUCUCGCCUUGGCUACAAGUUCAAAGCAAUUAAGGCUGGUCAGGAUCGAGAUACACUGGGGCCAAACACCUCAGCCCGACAAGAGCGCUGGCCGGCCAGCCGGGAACCUCAAUCCAUCCUUGGUUGAGAAACACCUAGCUACCACAAAUUGGCUGCAGGGAGGCUCUGGUGAUUCGAACAACGAUGCUUCCAUGGCCGAGCUCUCUCACUUGGAGGUUCUCCCCUCGCUGAUGGACAGCACUGGUAUGAACACCACACCGCCAAUGGUUGUCGUUGUCAGGUCACGCACCUCCAAUGAGGGGCCCUAUCAAAUGGCCCAGAGUUUCAUCGAUCGGUGGGAAGCUAUCGAGUCACGACAACACCUGCAUCAGGCAUUUGAGCAGCUCGGGGGUCGACGAAACAGCCUUUCUUCAGAGCUUCCCAACAUCACACAACUUCACAAGGUUGCACCCGUCAUUAUCAAUAAAGUUGUCAUCGCAUUCCACACACUUCACUUCGGCAAGGUGCUGGUCCUGGCUUUUGCGGAUGGCACGGUCGAGUUUCGCGACCGGCUCACGUUUGAGGAGCUCUAUGCAAACCAAGACACAACCAAGGUUAUCAAUCUUCGACAGUUAGGAUGGACCUUUGCCGAUGAAGGGCCUUGCCAGCAAGUGGCCUUUUCGCCCACUUACUGCUCCAUGAUCCAGAUGGCCGAUGAUGGAAAAAUUAGGUGGAACAAGUUGCAUUUUCCUCUAGGCGAUAUUGGGAACGGUAUGCAAGAUCCACACUACUCUGGGAGCAUUGCCGCCUUGACUGUGACAGCUGCACCGUCAAUGUUCUACCAAAACAACUAUGAUGACAUGCUUGCCAUUGUCCGGCCAUACACCACAAAAAAGAGAUUUGUCCAAGACUGGGUUACGGAACUUAUCAGAAUUCUCAAAAUCCAAGUGGACUACUCAGAGGAUACCCACCACGACGCCCUUGUGCGGAAUGGUUCGCUACAGUAUUGCUUUAGCAUCAUGAACGCAUUGGGAUACCGCGGCGAGUUCAAUUCUCGAUCUUUCCAGGGCAGAAUUUCCAUGCUGGCAUUAAACGUGCGGAACGCCGUGGUUCUUGUUACGAUUGCGAGCAAUACUCCCCUGACUGUAAGGGAAAAGCUGAGUCCUCUGGAUGAACCUGAGGUCGUAGAAACGCUUGCUGGUUGCGGCAAAUGGGCCUUGGAUCUUGUGGCUUGGUUGAUUGAUUGUCUCUUUGAACUCAUGAACGACAACAAGUUCUUGGAGCUCUUAACCCAAGAACGUUUUAACGAGAUCGCCCCAUACUUGCAUGAAAAGGGCAAUAUCUCACUUCAUUUCCUCCUGAGCUCGUCCAGCCGAGGCUUCUUAUCGGCAGUUUGCCGGAGACUGGGCCACUUGGAGGCUUUGAGCACACGAGCCAUUGACUUUUAUCGUCGACAGUCAGCCGUGGCAGAUGGUUCGUCGACUGGCAGGACAGCUCCUCAGCUGCAGCAGGCAUAUCAAAAGAUGCAGCAAAUGACGUCGUCGGGGCUCGUCAAGGUGGCGGAGUUUGAGGCUCUCCUGACUGAGCUCAGCAAGGAGAUUAGGCAAGCCUACCAAGUCUUCCUCCCAAACCUUGUCAAGGCCCAACGUAACGCGCCACAAGGGAAGCAGAUCGAUGUGGCUGUCAAGACAGCUCGAAUCCAGUUCGAACUCUCUAUGCUCCUGGCUGCGUCGCCUCCGCCGGCAUUUCUUCAGAUCAUGAAGAAAUUCUUCACCACAGAUCUACCAGCAUUCCGAGGCUCCACGGACCCGUCGCGGCUGUUCUUUGCAAACUACGACCUCCUCGAGGUUCAGGACGAUGAACACAGCCUAGCAGAGAAGAAGGCACGGGGCAUGUUCUACGUUGACGUGUUUAAGCGGAUGGAGAUAAAACCUUCUCCCAACCGUCAAUGGAGACGAUGCACGCGGUGUGCGGCAGUGAUGGAGGAUGUGUUUGGCAGCCGUCCUGGGUUCACAUUUGUUCUGGGGCAACAGCGCAAGUGCUCGUGUAGUGGCCACUGGACUCUGUUGCCAAAGGGGAAGCCAGUUUAG